AUAUAAUUAUAUCUAUCUAUGUAGAUAUAAUUAUAUCUAAUCAUAUUUUAAGACCUCUACUGUACAAACAGAUGCUGAAGCUAGCCUCUGAUUGGUCAGAAGAAGAUCAUGUUGUGGAAUCGUGUCAGACAUUUUAUAUAAAACAAAAUAUAUUUAAAAAUCAUUUCAGUCCUUUUUAAAAUUAUUAUUGAAACAUGAAUUUGAACAUACAAGAACUCAUUGAGAGCUUCACAUUUAAUGACCUUUGCACCAAUCAGAGGGCAGCGCUGACAGUUCUUCAGAUGGCGGGGACGUCGAGACACGAUCGAGAGAUGGUCAUGAACGCCAAGCGUCAGCUGUCGGCGUGUUCCGACCCGGUGGAGAGACUCAGGCUGCAGUGUCUGACCCGCGGGUCGUCUGGGAUCAAAGGUCUGGGCAGAACCUUUAAAGUCAUGGACGAUGACAACAGCCGCUCUCUGGACCUGAAGGAGUUUCUGAAGGGAUUGAACGACUACGGGAUCAUGAUGGACAAAAAGGAAGCCACCGAGCUGUUUCUGCUCUUCGACCGCGACGGGAACGGAACCAUCGACUUUGACGAGUUCCUCGUGACUCUAAGGCCUCCCAUGUCCAAGGCCAGGAAGGAGGUGGUGAUGCAGGCGUUUCAGAAGCUGGAUAAGACGGGCGACGGGGUGAUCACCAUCGAAGACCUGCGGGGGGUUUACAAUGCCAAGUACCACCCCAAGUACCAGAACGGAGAGUGGACCGAGGACCAGGUCUUCAGGACGUUUCUGGACAACUUCGACUCUCCGUACAACAAAGAUGGAAAAGUCACGAAAGAAGAAUUCACCAACUACUACUGUGGCGUCAGCGCCUCCGUCGACAGCGACGUCUACUUCAUCCUCAUGAUGAGAAACGCCUGGAAGCUCUGACUCCGCCCACAACACGAUUCUCUGACCAACAUCAUCAACAGACUUUAGAUUCAAUCAGCACUUAUGAGCUGUACCGCAGCCGGACACCAGGGGGCGAUCAUGAAGAUUACAUCUUUAUUUACAGUUGAUAUAAACGAGGGGUGAAACCUCAUUGGUGGAAACAAUCAUAAAGAUUUAUGAUGAAUAUUCAUUAUGAUUGUUUAGUUGAUCAGUAGUUUUGUGUCCAGUUAUAAAUAAUUUAUUAUUAUCGUGGUUUGAUCAUGUUGCUGGUUUUUAAGUUGAAUAUUAUUGUUAUUAUUAUGAUUAUGAUUAUUAUUAUCAUUAUUCCCUGUUGUAGGACGAAGAGUUAUCUUGUCUUUUCUUUAUCGUGUUGUAAUGUUUAGUACACAAACACGAGAAAACUGUUGAAUUGUUGUAGUUUAUAGUUUAUUGAUAUGCAACAUGACACUGUUUAAAUAAAGAGUUGAACAAUA